UUUAACCAUGCAGUGUGACGUCAGUGCUCAAAUUGAAUGCCAAAAGUACCACAAAAUGGCAGCUCCCUUGGAUGUUGCAGCCCGAGCUGCCUCUUUUAACGUAUUGCUACAGGUGUCUCUCAGGGUAGCUUCUUUUGCACUCAACGGCUUUGUCCUCAGAUACGUCCAUGCUGAUUUAUUGGGUGUGGUCAAUUUGAGAUUGACACUGCUUUAUAAUACGAUAUUAUUUUUAUCAAGGGAGCCAUUCCGUAAGGCAGCCCUCUCAAAAACAUCCACUACAAGACAAUGGCAGUAUACAUUCAAUUUGAUGUGGCUACCUUUUCUUGUUGGCAUCGUCUGGUCUGCUCUUUUAUCAUUAUUAUGGAUAAGUCCACUUUUACAGCAACCCGAUAUGCCUGGAGACUGGAUUGGUGUUGCUUGUUUUGCAAUCUCAGGACUCAUUGAACUGUGUGUCGAGCCAUUAUGGGUACUAGCCCAACUGACACAGCAUGUGUCAAUAAAGGUAAUUGCUGAGGGGAUUCCACAAGUUUUCCGUUGCUUGAUAGUAGCAAUCUGUAUUGUCUUUUAUCCACAGUAUGGAAUCUUGAUAUUUGGAAUAGCUCAGGUUUUAUGCUCCAUUGGCUACCUGUUAGUUUAUUUCACUUAUUUCUUUUCUGUUGGUGGCAAUCAGUUACCAAUUGAUUCUAUCUCUAAAAUAUUUCCUCAAAAAUUCUUAGGGAAAUAUCAAGAUCAGACCCUGGUUAAUUUAUCAAAAAGCUUCUUCAAGCAAUCACUACUGAAGCAAUUCUUAACUGAUGGCGAGAGAUACAUCAUGACUAUACUGGGUCUAUUGACAUUCGCUGAACAAGGUGUGUAUGACAUUGUUAAUAAUCUUGGAUCACUGGCUGCGAGGUUCAUUUUUUUGCCGAUUGAGGAAAGCUUUUACGUAUACUUCUCAUCAGUUUUGGUUCGAGGAGAGAGACCAGAAAAACAGACAAAGGACUCCAUUACAUCAUCAGCUAAUGUCCUGUCUCUCCUCAUCAAAACAGUGACACUCAUUGCUUUGAUGAUAAUAGCAUUUGGAGUCAAUUACUCUGACUUAGCUCUGGAUAUAUAUGGAGGUAGCAUUCUCUCGCAAGGAAUAGGCCCAGUGCUAUUGAAGUGCUAUUGUGUCUACGUGCUGUUCCUAGCUUUGAAUGGCAUCACAGAGUGCUUUAUGUUUGCUGCACUCAGUCAAGAUGAGGUUGACAGGUAUAAUAAGAAUAUGCUUGUGUUUUCACUCAUAUUUUUGAGUGCCGCUGUAGUCUUGAUUAAAUUGUUUGGCAGUCCAGGAUUUAUAAUAGCAAAUUGUAUCAAUAUGUCGGCAAGAAUCAUUUACAGUGGAAAAUUUAUUACGAAUUAUUUCAGACAGUCUUCACAUAAUCCAUUAUCAAAAGCAGUACCAUCAUUACCAGUUUUUAUCAGUUUGAUAGUGUCUUGGAUCAUCACUGCAAUAUCAAUGAGUACAUUUUGCUGUUCAUUUGGUGCAAUUUAUCGUCUUAUUCAUAUAAUUAUUGGGAGUGGCUGUUUUCUGACUGUGGGUGUGGUCAUAACUUUAGUGGAACGUGAAUUAAUGACAUUUUUCAUAUCCCGUCUACCAAGUAGAUUUCAGAAGUUACUAACACGUAAUAAAACUGACUAAUUGUAAUACAUUUAAUAAUUGUUAAAAAUUGUUAACAUAUCAUUAUAAUUUUCAUUCAACUCCAAGAAGUACAAGUUUAUGCUUAGUAACAUUGGUAUGUGGCAAUA